AUGUACCCAGUUUCUUUUAAUGCUUCUUCACCCGCUCAAGAUGUAAUCGAUAUUCCAAAUAAAGUUCGAUUUAUAGUUAUUGGUGCUGGAUUAAUUGGACCACGCCACGCAAAUCAUGUUCAACAACGUAAUGACACUGAAUUGGUUGCAAUCAUUGAUCAUUCAUUAAAGGGACCUGCAGUUGCUAAAUCAUUAGGAGUUCGUCUUUUCAAAAAUUUAGAGGAAUUUUUCCACUAUUGUGAUUCCAAUUAUGUUAGUUAUCCAGAUGCUGCCAUUGUAGCCACACCAAACCAUACACAUAUUGAUAUGGGAUUGAAGCUAGCCGCUAAGAAAAUUAAUAUUUUGAUGGAAAAACCAUUGGCCCCAACUCCAAAAGACUGUAAAGUUAUUAUUGAUUAUUGCAAUCAACAGAAGGUUAAAUUAUUAAUUGGACAUCAUCGUCGAUUCAACCCAUAUAUAGUUGCUACUAAAGAGAAUUUGGAUCGAUUAGGCAACUUGAUUGCUAUUCAAGGUACUUGGUCUUUGCGUAAACCACAACUGUAUUUUGAUGAAAAACCUUGGAGAUCGUCAAAAGAAUUAGGUGGUGGUACUUUAUUAAUUAAUCUAAUUCAUGAUUUAGAUUUAUUACAAUACUUGAUUGGCCCUAUUGUUAAAGUUUAUGCAGAAUUACUUCCAAAACAAAGAUCAUCAUCCAAUUCAUCGGAAGAUUCAGAUAAAUUGGUUGAUGAGGGUGCUAGUUUAACUUUACGUUUUGCUAAUGGUUGUUGUGGGACUUUUAUUUGUUCUGAUAAUGUUACUUCUCCGUUUUCUUUUGAAGUUGGUACUGGGGAAAACCCAACGAUUCCUUUUAAUGAUUCAAUCCAAGGUAUUUAUAGAAUCUUUGGUAGUGAAGGUACCUUAUCCUUACCUGAUUUAAAAUUAUACCAUCAACAAAAUUUACCUCCAAAUUUAGAAAAACCAAAGCCUUUUGAUUUGCAAUUGGAUCAUUUUAUCAAAUUAUUAAAGAAUGAAGAAACUACUUGUAAAUGUUCUGGUGAAGACGCUUUGAGUGCUCUUUUGGUCAUUAACGCGGUUAUUGAAAGUAUUGACACUGGGUUACCUCAGUACGUACAAGCCGUUGAUGAUGUUUGA